AAAAAGAUAGAGAGAACCUGUCAGAGAGAAGCUGAGGAGGGCGAUAAGAUCGUCCACAUAGUCAUCCCUGGACCCAUAAGGCUAACCAUGACCCGGGCAGAGAGAGAGAGGGAGAAGAGGAAGGAGCUGCUGAAGGCUGAGGAGAGAAGGAAGAAGUUGGAGGAUUUCAAUAAGCAGUGGAGAGUGCAGUCGCUGCUUAAAAAACACACUCAUCAACAACUGAAGGAGGAGAGGGAGAAGAUGAAGGAAAAGUACCUGGAGCAGAUUAAUCUGGAGGCUGAUGAGCAAAUCCAGAAGUUCAGCACCCAGUACAUCACCCGGUGUCCAACCACCCAACACAGCCACGACUACAACCACGGUCAGGAAUUGCCGGGGUGGGCGACAGGCCAACAAGUAAGCCAAGAGCCUGUUGCAUCUGGAGAUGGCCAGCAGGAGGGGCCAAGGAGGCAACAGGCAUGGGCAGAGAACCAGGAGGGGAGUUCAGAGAACCAGCAGGAGGGGCCAGAGAACCAUCAGGGGGGGCCAGACAGCCAGCAGCUAGAAGCUCCAGAAGAGGUUGAAACAUCAGAGCCAACCUCCAACAACAAGAAAAAGCCAAGCAUCUGGAAGAGAAUUAAGAUGGGGAUUUUAAGUGGCCCCAGCUUCCGGCAGGGCAGGCGGAGGGGCAGGUUUUGGGUAGAGAGCCAGACCCCAGUCCCUCGGUGCGAAAACCGGGCCCUCACCGUGGUGAUGGUCUGCGCUGGCUUUCCUGCGCCGCACGGCCCCGCUGGAGAUGGUGCACGAGAUGGAACCUCCUCCGGUCUCCCUAAACGCAGCACCUCCAGCACCAUGGGCAUCGGAGCAGUGGUGCUGGAGGAUGGAACUGACAGACCCCGAUCUGGAUGUCCGCGGGGGCCAGUGGAGGCCCCUGUUGUGCUGGUGGAGGUGCUGGAGGGUUUGGACGACGCAGUCCAUGGCAGCGCCAAGAUGGUGGAGCAUCGCUGCGUGCUCCCGGACGCGGUCCUCGACCCCUAUACCAACUUCCACCCCAUAUUACCUUUAUGA